UCCCUGGGCUGGCCGAGGCACCCAAACAAACAUCUGCACCUGUCACAGCGGGGCGAGGAGGGUGUUCAGGCCGCCACAGCGCUUCAACACCCCAUUAUAACACCCAGCAGCCACGAGCCUCGCCCUCCGUGCUGAUGUCGCCCAGUGCAUAGUUUGAUGACAACGAUGGAGGCUGUUAGUGGAUGAGAAUAUAGAGAUUUUGCUCUCAUUUGAUGAUGUCACCCAAAAUUCAGCCAGCUGUUGACAAAGUAACGUGAAUGUGGAAGGCAAUGCGACGCAGUGGUGGGGUCUGGCUGUGUCGAAGGCCUCUACUUAGUGCUGUGCAAGUGCUGGCCUGUGUAGGGGCCUUCAUGCUUGGCAGCCUGAUGACCCUCAUGUCUAUUGACCCCAUGAGGUGCGACAUUCACCAAUGCACGGAGAAAAUCAAGCGAACUGAUGUCGAAGAUGUAAACAGCUGGCUGGGAAUGUGGGGCAAGAGUGGCAGAGGCCCUGAGAAGAGUGUAUUCCUUGUAAUUGUUAUGCUGAGUGCCCCAGCCAACCGGGACCAGAGGGAGGUCAUACGGCAGACGUGGCUCAGUGAGGAGAAGUCAGACACCCUCCACUUCUUUGUGAUAGGAACCAGCAGCCUCAAUGAAGACCUCAAUGCAACAGUCUUGGCUGAGCAGAAGAAAUAUGGAGACUUGAUGCUGCUUGGGAAUGUAGUAGACUCAUAUCAGGCCCUAACUAAGAAGCUGUUGGCAAGCUUUGUGUAUGUCCACUAUAAUGUUAAAUUCAGAUUUUUUAUGAAAUGUGAUGAUGACACUUAUGUCCAGCUGACAGAACUGCACAAGGAGCUUAAGAGUGUUCCCUACAAGCAGCGCCUAUAUUGGGGCUUUUUUGAUGGGAGAGCCUCCCCAAAGAAGGCUGGCCCAUGGAAGGAGGAUGAAUGGGUCCUGUGUGACAGAUAUUUACCGUAUGCUCUUGGGGGUGGCUACAUUCUUUCAUCUGAUGUGGUUAAUUUUGUGGCAUCCAGUUCCAAGUACUUAAAGUUGUACAAGAAUGAAGAUAUCUCCCUUGGGACAUGGUUGGCCCCUCUGGACUUGCACAGGGUUCAUGACACAAGAUUUGACACUGAAUACAAGUCUCGGGGGUGUAACAACAAGUACCUGGUGUCACACAAGCAGAGCACUUUACACAUGCAAGAAAAAUUCAGUUCUUUAAGGAAUCUAGGAAGGCUGUGUCGUGAGCAGUUCCAGGUUCGCAAGUCUUACAACUACAAGUGGAAUGUCCCACCUUCACAGUGCUGCUUGAGAAAUGAUUCUUCAAUACCCUAAACUAGUCACAAAAUCAAGCUUUUUAGCAUUAGGGGAGGAAGGUGUGCCAGAAUAAUAUAUUUACCCACUUAAUGUGUGGCAUUGUCCUUCAAGUAAUUCAAAUUAAUGCUCAUUGAGGGUGUCAUCAGAUGUGCCACCAACAAGACAGAAGAAAUGUAUAUUUGGAGUGUAGUGAAAGUUCAGGUGAGUAAAACUGAGGAACAUGAUGGAAAAUUCUGUGAUAUGGUUUGGGUAACUGUAGAGGAAUCCAAUCUUAUUUAAGAUUCAGUCUAGUCUAUCAUACCAGUGUUUGUUCAGAUUUCAGUGAGGGUUAAGAUGUCUUAGCAAUUGAGAUUAUUAUUAAGAUUUGUCCAAGAUAACUGUAGAAAGAGUAUUCUAGUGUUUGUUCUAUUCAUAAAACAUUUUCUUGCUUGUUAAGUAAUGCAUAUGUCUUACGUAGGGUGUUUACUACUAGUUUAAUGUCACACCGGAUGAUUUUCCUCAUACAAUACCUUUUGGCUUUUGAGUAGCAACAAAAAAUAGAAGGUACAGUGGAUGAAUGUCAAUUUAGUUGGAAUCACUAUAAGAUUAUUGACUUAACCUGAGACCCUGAAUAAGGGGCACAUCAGUUCUACACAGAUCCUUUCUAUAGCAGGAUCUAAAUUUGCAGGAAUGUCUCAUCUACAGAGAAUCUGCUUCAUCAUUCUCAUCUUUUUCUCUUGCUAUGAGGGUUCUCUCUCAAACCUUUCCAUGUUUUUUUUGUAUACAUUUAUUUAGCAUUGUAUUUCUCCAGUACUACUUUAUUUCAAUUACAAUUACAAUUCAAUUUAGCACGAAGUUGACUAAACACAAGUUUCUUUGGUACCUAUCUUGCACAAUUGACAUACUACUGUAUUAGUUUCGUGAAGUUGCUGUCAUGUUUUAGUGUGGGGAGAAGUUUGGCUAUCUGAAAUUAUAACACAGGUCCACAAACUUUUUUCUAGUAAUUGUCUUGGAAUGAAUCAGUGAGUUUUAUGUCAUGUAUUGUCCCUUAAAGUUGGGUAUUAGCUGUAUAAAGUGCCAUGUGAAAUAACCUUUAUGAUUUUAUUUAUUUAUUUAUUAUGUACUUGAUUAUUGUUGUCAUUUCUUCACAAAGUGUUCUCUUUUUUACUGUAGAAUAUAAGUUGAUUUAAAAGUAUCCAGUGAUACAGUAAUAACUUCAUAAACUGUGUAGUGGUAUAGUCAAACUAUUUCAAAGAGUUCGUUGAGAUGUUGUCUUCCGCGGGUCCUUUCCUCCCCUCAGUUCUGCCACACAGUUCUAACAUCUAUGUUUUCCUCUUAUAUGUUACCUAUAGCUAGCAUAUGAGAGAAAGAUAUGGGUGUUGGAAUUGUGUGGCAGAGCAGAGGGGAGGAAAGAACUGGUGGAAGCCAAUGCCUCAACGGACUAUUUGAAAUGACUUGACUAUAGUACACAUAUCAUCGUGCUAUAUUAUUUAUAGUAAGAGUUGUGAUAGCUUCGAAGACAAUAUUUUUGUGCAAUCAGCAAAUUACAAUCCAUUUCAUUUACAUGAUAAGGGCUAUACAUAAGUUAGGCUUUGAUGUGUUGCCACUUUCUACUUAAACCUUCACAUUUGUAAUAGGUAGGUAAAGAUAUGUUAGCUGCAGAAUGCAUAGCUAAAUGUUACAUUCUCCAGUUCUUCCCUCCCCAGGUUACCCCAGAUACCCAGUCAUGGCCUGUAAGACAAGAUGGAGCCUUUGUGUUAUCUACUUCUUCUUGAACUUUAAUCUCCAGGUGUACAGGUAUAGGCAACAGUUUUUUUAAGUGUGUAUGAUUAUAAUAUAUUUAGUAGCCAAGAGAGUUGGAAAAAAACCCUUAUCUCAUUCACCCAGUUUUCAUUGCAAAUAUUACUCAUCAUAGUGUUGUCUUCUCAUAGAAAGUAUAAAGUAGCUUUCGCCUAAAUUAUUGAUUGUAGUAUUUUGUAUAUAUUUUGUAUUGCUAGUGUUUUGUACUGGUUUUCUUUAUGUAAUAUGACUCCCUUCAUGAGGGUAUAUCAAGCAUGAUUGUCAUUGGAAAGCAUUGUGUAUAUCAGUUCUUUCAAUUUUAUUAUAGCCCCAGCAUUUUCAUUAAGAUACAUAACAUGCUAUAAUUAUUAUGAUUUCUAUUUAUUGAAGUAUCUGAUUUCUUAAGCUAGCAAAAAUGGAUAAACUAUGAAGUAGGAUAUGGAGGUUAUAACUGUGAUCAGUGCCAUGAAUAUAUUUCCCUUUGAAAAUUCACCAAGGUGCUGAUGGGACUGUAGAUCCCAUACCACUUUUACAGACACAAGAUACUUUUCAUUCUAAUUCCUUUUAUUGUAAACUUGUCAUCCAUAGUCAGUUCAUCACCUGCAGCCAGUAUUAUCAUUAUGGAGGCAGGGAUUUUGUUAUGGAGUUUUACUUCUUUAUUCUUCUUAAAAGAAAAGAGGUCACAGUCCAUUGAAGCUGAAACCUGAGAUAUUGACCUAAGGGUGAUAACUAAGAAUACCCUCACCAAAUAACUGAUCUUGCAUUACUUGAGGUAUUAUUGGAAGCUGACUCAUCACUAAAGAUCUCUUACAUCUUUUUAUAUAUAUUUGUCUUCCAAUGCUGACGAUCUAAGUUAUAUUGUAUCCCAGGUGGCUCCAAAGUGUGACAUUCUACCUGAUCCCCAAAAUAUUUUCUGAAAAGUUGUUUAUCUAUAUUCGUAAUCACUACUGUUGCCAUCAAAAUAGUCCUGUUGAGAAUGUACAUAAACUCCACAUUACGUACCAUGGAAGCUUUAUCUGUCAGCUUUUUUCAGUCUUUACGAUUCCAUAAUGAUAUCUGCCAGUGUCGGAUCUUCAUCGAAAGAUCUAAAUCACCCUCAUGUCUUCCUUAUUCUUCCUCGUCACUUUGCAUAUGAGGAACAAAGGCUCUGUGAACUCAUUAGCUCAUUAUAGACCCACAUGGAUUUGACUUUGGGUGUCAUAGACAAUUGACCUUUCACCGAUGCAGUUGUGGCGUGCUGACCAUGGACCAAUGUCAAAAUCUGCAUUAGUGAAAUCCAUUUUACCCUAUUAAAUGCCUAACUGAUA